GUCAUAUCGCUGUAUAUUCGACCCUUGAAACCACGCAUAUAAGAAACAAAGAUAUCAAUAGCCUGUGUUGCGACGCUUCAGCAAGUGAACACUACCUGCAAUAAUUUAUGCUCAACACCGAGUCAGAAUACAAAUACACAGGCAUGGGCCUUUGAGUCUUCAUAUUCACAUGCUGAACGCAAUAUCGACGGACUUCCCCUUUCCAUAAGCUUGAUCUCACCUGAGCUGGUCGCCAUCCGCGCUUCAGCCCUGUUUACGGUCGUCUCGCAAUCUCAGUCAUCGUUCAUUCAUCACCCUUCGACGCCUUAUUCCAACAAUAAUGCCACCGAGGCUUUUACACUCGUCUUUCGUCGCACAAUGUGAAGAGAAGCUUCAGGAAGAGCUUUUGGCUGCCAGGCGCUCCGAAGAGCUACAAGGACAGAAGUUGAUUCGUCAAGAUAGAAAGAGAGUGAUCGAGGAGUUUGAAGCAUACAAGGAUGAAAAGGCUGCGAGCAUCAUCUCUGGUCCGGCUCAAGAUAUCGACAAGUUCAGUUUUCGUCCAUAUAUCAUACACAAACAUUACUAUCCCUGCACAAAGCCGCUCUCCGAACUCACCUCAAUCGGAAUCAAAUCUCUCAAGGCCGAAGACCACAACGAGGGACGCGUCCUUCUAGGCAGGAUCGCCUGUGAUCCCACUUUCACUGGAUCCAAUCUUAUUACUGUGAUAGAAGACAGCGCAGGCGAUGCUCAUCACUUUAUGCUUAUGCAUCAAGACAUUUCGAUCGAAGCGAAUCAAUACCUUCGAAGGUGGGACUAUGUCGCAAUAAAGCAUCCGUAUUACGAGAUCUCUUGUGGCCAACUGCCUAUGAUCAGGAUAGAUCACGUCUCAGACCUGCUUCUACUACCCCCUAAACACAGCAGCAUACCUCAAGGUCUACGAAAGCCGGUGCGUGACGAUGCAGAUACGUGGAAGAUGAUCGGAAACGAGGCCAUGAAAGAUAGAGACUAUGCUGGUGCAAUACGGGCCUACACAAACGGUCUCUCUUUUAGACGCUCAAGCUUCCUUCCGACCACACUCGACCUACACCGUAAUCGAGCUCAAGCCUACCUCUCCGCUGGCUAUUACGAAAACGCCCUUCGUGACUGUUUCUCCGUCCUUGGGCACUCUGCCGUUGAUGAAAAAGCUCUGUUCCGUUCCGCGAAAGCCUACCUGGUCCUUGGCCAAUAUAUGAAGUCUCGCGCGCAACUUGAAACACUUCUUACCUCCUAUCCUACCAACGAAUCUGCUCGUCACUUUCUAUCAGUCGUUUUGACGCAUCUCCGCGAGUCUUCCGGGAUAUACGACUUUGCCUACCUCUUCGCCAACCCUUCCUAUUGUCCCGCCCAAUAUCACUCUGCCGUCACAGGGCGUCCUGUCGAAGGAGCUGGUCGAGGUCUUAUCGCCGUUCAAGCCUUCGCUCCAGGUGGCCUCAUCCUUCUCGACAAUCCAAUCGCGACCUCCAGCCCCAGCGCCGCCUCCGCCGGCCAUGUGCUUAUGGACCUACAGUCCAGGACCUGGACUGAAUCCGAUGGCCCACCGCUCUUUAUCAGCAUCGUCCAGACACUGAGAAAGAACCCCUGUCUGGCCACGAAAUUUCUCAAUCUCUACGCCGGAUCCUACGCACCCGCAUGUGCACCUACUCACCGCGUUGACGGACACCCGGUGCUCGACACCUUCCUCAUCCACAAUAUCGUGCUCAAGAACGGCGGCACGCCGUCUGGAGAACAUUUUAUUGACCCUGAUGCACAGACCGCAAAGGGCCUGAUCGUCGGGGUGUGGCCACAGGCUAGUUAUGCGAACCAUGCGUGUGCGCCCAACGCUACAGUUUCCUUUGUUGGUAACGCGAUCAUGCUUCGCGCCAUCCGGGAUAUCGCACCGGGCGAACAGAUCACUAUUUCCUACUGCGUACUGGAUCCAGACGUGUCAGUGCGUCGCGAGAGGCUGGCUAAGACGUGGGGGUUCAAGUGUAUUUGCGAACUGUGCAUGCGUGAGAGUGCGGUGUGCGAGGACGUACUGGAAAUGAGGACGGCAGUACUGGACAGGUACGAACAUGCGGAGACCAAAGGGAGGUUGAACAUGGAGGAUGUCAAGACAAGCAUCCAUGAGCUCGAGGACACAUAUCCACGCGAAAGGCAAACAACGUAUCCUCGCCUCGCACCCGCAUUCCUGGCGCGGACCCUCAUGCACGAAGCUGCGUCACACCCGACGUCUCCUUCAUCCACAAUGCUCAUGACAUUCGCAGCGCUGUCAGUACUGCGGAACUUUGGAUGGGGUAUUGAUUUUCCGCCACCGGAAACGCCUGCUUCAUCGCCCCCACUGGAUUUCGGGUUUCCCUCGCCGCCGUCUUCGCCUCCGACGACCUUUCCGACACUGGACCGGACCCACGCCAUCGUGCCGUUUGGCUGCGCCCGCUCCAUUGUGAUUGCCUUUGUGCACGCAGGUAACGCGCUCGUGAGCGAGGGAAAGAGUGCGUGGGGGUUUAUGCUACAUGGGUGGGCUAGGGAGGUGUUUGGGCACGUCACGAGUGAGCCGGGGAGGUUCGAGGUGGAGUUUGGAGGCCAUGCGGAAGAAGAGGAUAGUGACGAGGGACUGUAGGACGAGAGGGAAAGUAAGGAGUGCGUAAUGGGAAAAGACGUGGAGUGCGUUUAGACAUAUGGGCGCUGCUGCGGGAUUCUUGGUUUGGGAGCGAGUAUCGUUUCUUUUCCCCCCAUGAGUAUUGUCGUACUGAAACUUUAUCUAGGUCGAUCUAUUUCGUGACUAGCACGAGUGUGAUCCACACAUUAUGCACUGCGCAUGAAUGCUGCUUUUUUUUGGUUGGCGGUUUAAUGGAUGCGGGUUAUUGAUGGAUAGAUAG